AUGACACAACCAAAAAAGUUUGCACUUGUCACAGGAUGUGGUCAAGGUGGCAUAGGUGAAGCACUUGUGACAGAAUACUCUCGUCGUGGCCUCCACCCCAUUGCAACUGUACUUCCGCACGAGUCAAGCGAUCAUUUAUCGAAAGCUGGAAUCACCUUCUUUCCCCUUGAUGUUACUAUUGAGGAGUCCAUUACUCAGUUGAAAGCCUCAAUUCUUGAAUUGACUGGCGGACGUCUGGAUAUUCUGGUGAACUGCGCAGGAAUAGCUUAUACUAUGACUGCAAUUGACACAGACGUCGCUGCUGUGCAGCGUAUGUUUGAUAUCAAUAUGUUUGGUCCCAUGCGUAUGGUGCGCACUUUUCACCCCAUGAUCAUCGCUGCUCAGGGCACUAUCGUGAAUAUUGGAUCGAUCGGAGGCAUCAUCCCAUUCAUAUAUGGCUCAUCAUACAACGCAACCAAAGCUGCGCUCGCACACUGGGGAAACACUUUGCGAGUGGAAAUGGCACCAUUUCAGUCCGUUCUCCUCCCCGUCAUAUCAGGUGAAGUGAGAACGAACAUUCUGAAGUCCGACACGCAUAGAACACUACCAGAAGGCUCGUAUUAUUCCCCUCUUGCCGAGAAUUUCAAAAAGCACGUCUUGCGAACACCAGAGGGUGCUACAGAUCGCUUCAAAUACGCUUCCAAUGUAGUGGCACAAAGCAUCAGAUCAAACCCUCCUGCGUGGUAUUGGUACGGUAGCUUUACAGGCUUGACUCGUUUCCUCGACACAUUUGGCUGGCGCACUGUUUGGGACUCCAUCAUGUGGAAGAUGUUUAGCUUACAGACUUUGAAACAAGCUCACGUGAAUCAAGCAAAGAAGACCGUCUGA